AACAUAUUUGAUAAAAAUAAAAUGGAUCUCAUAAGGUUCGUGUUUCUCCCCAUUUCGGUCUUAAAAUAUUAACAAUUUCAGAUGGUACAACCGGAAAUCAGCUUUAAAUGUUUAACUUGAUCUCAUUAUUCCGGUUUGUGUCUCCCGAUUCUGAGCGGGUGAGGGCGGGGCCGUUUUUCCCUUGCAGUGUGGCGUGGAGUGAUGUAGCACAGAGGAUACGGACACAGACGACAUCCGAGCAGAAAACUCUCAUUACGAUAGAUUUUUAAAGGUGAAAGGAUUGGCAAUGCAUGCGUGCACUUUAGAAGUGCGAUGGAUUUGCGUUUAUUUUAAUCAAACCUGAACAACAUUGGACUCAACUCGGAUACGGACUCGCCUCCAUCGUAAACAGCAUCCUGUAAAAAAAAAAAAAAUUCGGACCAUUUUGAUUCUUUAUCGUCUACUGUUUUCUCAAGGAACCUCAGCAUGGCGUGGCCUUGCAUCAGCAGGGCGUGCUGCAUGGCUCGCUUCUGGAACCAGAUGGACAAGGCUGACAUUGCGGUGCCUAUGGUGUUCACCAAAUACACGGACGCCUCGGAGAUGCAGCACGUCCAGCUGCAACCUCCAUUACGGGCCGGGGUCGCCAUAGAAACCCAGCCGCCUCGCACCCAUCGCCGCACCGCCACCGCAGGUCCACGCGCGCCGCCGCGGAGGUGCGUGUCGGAGGAGCGAGUGUGCAGCUCGGUCAUGAGGGAGGACUUUAAACACUGGAGAGUGCGACCCGAACCCAGCUGUAAACCCAAGAACGAGUACCACGGCCCAGAAAUACCGUUCAACAGCGAGACUCAGUACCAGAAAGACUACAAGCCUUGGCCCAUUCCGAAAAGGUACGACCACCCGUGGAUACCUAAACCGCCCGCCACCAUCUCCGCGGGCGACGACCGGCCACUGGACCGGUCCAGACACGGGAAACAGCAUCUAGCGGACGCCGAAAGCGGCGUGGAGAAGAGCGCCAUUGCUGACAAAGUGCAAGAGAAAGAUCUCAUCCAGGGCCACGAAAGGAAAAAGCGGUCGAGCAAAAAGGCAGAAGGGGAGAAGAAAGUCAAGGUGGAAAGGGAAGGACGGGCGGCUGUGGAUGCCGUCAACAGGCAAAUUAAACAGGAGAUUGCAGCCGGCAGCUCUUACAAAACCGAAUUUAAGGCUUAUAGAGAUGUGAAGCCUGCACAGAUGAUCCGGGCCAAGUCCCAGUACUUACCUCCGGAUGAGAAGACCAGGCUGGAAACCAGCUAUAGUGCAACAUUCAAGGGACAAGCCCCGCUACAACCUACUGACAAUAAGGCCCAGGAGAGGAGGAGGAUACGCAGCUUGUACAGCGAGCCAUACAUCGACCCCAUUAAACAGGUGGACAGGUCUACUGUCCCUCGCACUAAAGCCAAAAAGCCUGGGGCUGUCGCAUCAAGCCAGGGCAAGCCAGUGAAGAAAGCCAAAGAUAAGCAGAGCGCGGCACUGAGGGGUUCCAGGAAGAUGACCUCGGAGAACCAGCCCGUGAGCCGGCCAGCGUUGGGCGACAAGGAGAAAAGUAAAGAGCUGAACAACAAACUGGCUGAAGCGAAAGAGGUUGUGCUAAAACAACACCACUACAUACAGCUCUGCCAGCCAAUCCGAGAUAUUGGCUGGGUACAGACCCUAAAGCAACACCUGUGGGGCUGUGCGCUACCCAAUCCCAGAGAUGCUCAGGACGAGUUUGUCCGACCCGGUCAUCAUCAUACCCAGGGUGCUGCUGGAGGAGAACCUGAAUCACUACUGGAAAGAGAUGAACACCGACGCAGCAGCGGAGUUGUGCGAUUUGCCCUCGAUUUGAACCAGACUGAGUAGUAUUUUGAAAAUCACAUGCACACACACACACACACACACACACACACACACA